AUGACCACCAUCCAGCCGUCUCGUCCGUCUCUCACCUCCAACGACUCCGCCAUCCUCCAGGCUCUCUUUGACGCCGAAUCCUCUCCCUCGGCGGCCGUCACCAUCGAUCCUUCUCUACCUGCUUACCCAGCCCACCUGAACCUCCCAGAUCCGGACUCAGAGGCAUUCGAAACUCUCAAACAGCGCGAACUCUCCAUCGUCCACUCUCUCAUACAAUCUCCUACCUCCACAUCCACCACCACUCUGCCAUCCCAAACCAUCCACUCAGCCAUCAACGCCCUCGAUGCCCUCAUCACCAAAUAUCCCACCUAUCCAUCCGCCUACGUCAAUCGCGCACAAGCUCUCCGAACCCUAAUCGACCACCAAUCUACUCCCUCCUCUGCCUCUACACCAGAAGAAGACGAGACCUCUUCAACCCUCUUCUCCCCCCUAAACGUCCACCCCACAACAACCCUCUUCAACGACCUCACCCAAGCAAUCACCCUCUCUACGCCCCUCUCCCCCGCAGACCCGGUCUCAUCCACACAGGCGCGUAUCCUCGCAGACGCGCACACUCAUCGCGGAUACUUGCUUCUCCGCGCAGCGCGGUGGAAGCGCACGUAUCCGGACAGCGACUCAGGGCCCGCGAAGCUUCAGGGCGUUGAACCCGAUCAGCUGGAGGAGAUGGCGAGUCACGAUUUCUUUUUAGGAGGACGGUUCGGGAAUAAAGUUGCGCAGCAGAUGGCGGUGCAGACGAAUCCGUAUGCGAAGAUGUGUGGGGCGAUUGUGAAGGAGGCGUUGAGGAAGGAGAUGAAGGGUGGGGAGGUUUGA